UUCUAAGCACCGACAAAGAGCGCUCCGUAUGUAAAAACCCCAACUGUGAGUAGUCUGUGACUCAGUAGCAGAAAGAAAAAUAAAAUAACCAUAAACAGUAAACCUUUGAUUUCGUCGAAAUCUAUCUCUCUGAAGAAAAAAUAAAGGAAAUUUAGCGUUUAGGGUUUAGAAAUUUUGAAGAAGCGAUCGAGAGCCAAUGGAGAGUGCAUUCGCAAACGCCUCAGCGAUCGUAGAUCAGAGGCAGAAAAUCGAGCAUUAUAAACACAUUCUAUCAACUGUUUUCUCAUCAAACGACAUCGUUCAAGCCAAGAAAUUCAUCGACCAUAUGUUAUCGGACGAUGUUCCUUUGGUGGUAUCAAGGCAGCUUUUACAAACUUUCGCACAAGAAUUGGGGAGAUUGGAGCCAGAGGCACAAAAGGAAAUUGCCCAUUAUACCCUUGCUCAGAUUCAGCCUCGUGUCGUUUCAUUCGAAGAACAGGUAUUGAUUAUCAGAGAGAAACUUGCUGAGUUGUAUGAGUCAGAGCAGCAGUGGUCAAAAGCAGCACAAAUGCUAAGUGGGAUUGAUUUAGACUCAGGAAUGAGGGUUGUUGAUGACACAUUCAGAUUGUCAAAAUGUGUCCAAAUUGCUCGUCUAUAUCUCGAGGAUGAUGAUGCUGUUAAUGCAGAAGCUUUUAUUAAUAAAGCUUCAUUCUUGGUUAGCAACAGUCAGCAUGAAGUAUUGAUUUUACAAUACAAGGUCUGUUAUGCAAGGAUUUUGGAUUUAAAGAGGAAGUUCUUGGAAGCUGCACUGCGGUACUAUGACAUAUCGCAAAUUGAGAAGCGACAAAUAGGAGAUGAAACAGUUGAUGAAGAUGCACUGGAGCAAGCUCUAUCUGCUGCUGUAACAUGUACAAUAUUAGCUGCUGCAGGUCCUCAACGCUCUCGUGUUCUUGCCACCCUUUACAAAGAUGAACGGUGCUCCAAGCUGAAGAUUUAUCCAAUAUUACAGAAGGUUUAUUUGGAGAGAAUAUUAAGAAAACCUGAAAUUGAUGCAUUUGCUGAAGAACUGAAACCACAUCAGCAAGCACUACUUCCCGAUAAUUUUACCGUGCUGGACCGUGCCAUGAUAGAGCAUAAUCUUCUGAGUGCGAGCAAACUUUACACAAAUAUAAGUUUUCAUGAGUUGGGUACUUUGCUGGGCAUUCCUCCUCAUAAGGCUGAGAAGAUAGCAUCAAGAAUGAUUUAUGAGGAUAGAAUGAGGGGAUCAAUCGACCAGGUGGAAGCAGUUAUACAUUUUGAAGAUGACACUGAAGAGCUGCAACAAUGGGAUCAACAGAUAGUUGGUGUGUGUCAAGCUCUGAAUGAUAUACUCGAUAGCAUGGCAAAGAAGGGCAUGACAGUUCCUGUUUGAUCUGGUGAACCUACCGAGAACGAAGAAACUUAUAAGAGAAUUGACUUUUAGCCUUUCACCUCUAUGCAUUGAAGAAAACCGUCCAGCCCUUCUCAUUUAUGCCGGUUUUAUUUCUUGGGGUUUACUUUUGUAACUGUGAUUGUCUGGUUGUUAGGCAAGCAUGGGAUUUUGGAUAAUCAAUUUAAGUUUCUGUAAUUAUUAUUGUUAUUUUCAUUAUUAUUUCCGGUAACGAUGCCCAAAUCAAUAUGAGAUUUGCCAGCAAUGAGUCUAAUACCCUUAAAUUAGUUACAGAAGACUGUCAAUUCUUUCGUUCUCUGCCCCCAUUAAGAUGAAAUGGAGUAGAGAAAAGGGGAAUGCAUCAAACAAAAAGGCAAUAAGAGAACAUUUACAUCCAGGCACUUAUCAGUGAGCGUACUGAUUAUUGAAGCCAGGCCUAAAAAAUGCUGAAUAUUAUGGCAUAAGCUACGUAGUAUCUUUUCUUUUACAUUUUGUUAGCUCUGUAUACUACUGUUCUCGUUUUAUGGGA